CUGGUAUUACCAAACUCGGACCACUAACAAGCAUGGCUCCCAAGAAGAUUGCUCUUUUGUGGGGACUGUUUCUGUUUCUGUUCUGUGUCCAGUUACUGCGAUCAGAAGAGAACAUCGCGUACGGAAGGAUGGCUUCGCAGAGUUCUACAUACGGGAGAUGGCCUGCAGAUAAAGGCGUGGACGGCUGUUUAGAGCAAUUAAUGCAAUCUGAUUGCUGUUCACAUACCGCGGGUAACGAAAUAAAUGCCUGGUGGCAGGUAGAUCUAGGACAUCGCUCCACAGUCAGUUACAUCACAAUAUACUACCGAGCUGCAUCGCAGAUCGCGCAACAAGCGACAUGA